CCCCCCCCUUCCCCGUCUCCCCUACCUCUUUUCCCAUCUCCCCUUCCCACCGCCUCCUCCCCAAACUCGAGCCUCUCACCCAGUCACCGCACUUCCGCAGUCCAAAACAUGUCCGCCGGAAUGCAAGUGGACACCCCGGCCCCGGUCCCCAAGUCGCUGCCGACUGGGGCGGCCAUGUCUUCCAAUCACCAGGACCUCUACACCACGAUGCUCAACCUCCAGCGUCAGCUGGAGAUCCUCGAGGUGCAGGAGUCCUAUGUCAAGGACGAGCAGCGUCACCUGAAGCGCGAGCUGAUCCGCGCGCAGUCGGAGGUCGCGCGCAUUUGCGCCGUCCCGCUGAUCAUUGGCCAGUUCCUGGAGGCCAUCGACAGCAACUACUGCAUUGUCGGCUCGACCACCGGCAGUAACUACUAUGUUCGCAUUCUCAGCACCAUCGAUCGCGAGCUGCUCAAGCCCUCGUCCAGUGUCGCCCUUCAUCGCCACUCCAAUGCCCUGGUGGAGGUCCUCCCGCCGGAGGCCGACAGCUCCAUUGCCCUGCUCCAAUCCACCGAGCGGCCAGACGUCACCUACUCGGACAUCGGUGGCCUUGACAUCCAGAAGCAGGAGAUUCGCGAGGCGGUGGAGCUGCCGCUCACGCACUUCGAGCUUUACCAGCAAAUCGGUAUUGACCCGCCGCGGGGUGUCCUCCUGUACGGGCCGCCGGGUACCGGAAAAACCAUGCUCGUCAAGGCCGUGGCGCACCACACCACCGCGGCCUUCAUCCGGGUCGUGGGCUCGGAGUUCGUGCAGAAGUACCUCGGUGAGGGGCCGCGCAUGGUGCGCGACGUCUUCCGCCUGGCCCGGGAGAAUGCCCCGUCCAUCAUUUUCAUCGACGAGGUGGAUGCCAUCGCCACCAAGCGCUUCGAUGCGCAGACCGGCGCCGAUCGCGAGGUCCAGCGCAUUCUCAUUGAGCUGCUCACGCAGAUGGAUGGCUUCGACCAGUCGGUCAAUGUCAAGGUCAUCAUGGCCACCAACCGCGCGGACACUCUGGACCCGGCCCUUCUGCGCCCAGGCCGCCUGGACCGGAAGAUCGAGUUCCCUGCCCCGGAUCGCCGGCAGAAGCGCCUCGUCUUCGCGGCCGUCACCUCCAAGAUGAAUGUCGCCGACGAUGUCGACCUGGAGUCAUUUGUUUCUCGGCCGGACAAGCUGUCCAACGCCGACAUUGCGGCCAUCUGCCAGGAGGCCGGCCUCCAGGCGGUCCGGCGCAACCGCUACGUCGUGCUGACCAGCGACUUCGAGCGGGCAUACGCCACCCACGUGAAGCGCACUGACAGCGAGUUCGACUUCUACAAGUAAGUCUAUACAUGUGCGUGAGUGAGUGUGUGUAAGUGUGUGUGUGUGUGUGUGCGCG